GUCACCACUUUCAACUCUAUGUUCCGCCUCCCGCGCCUCACCCGCCCGCCGCUCCUCCGCACCACCGUCUUCCUCCGCCUCGCCUCUCCCCGCGCAACCUUCUCCACCGAACCCGCCAAUCCCCGCAUCAGCAGCGUUGCCACCGCCGCCGCCGCCGCCGUUUCUGAUGCGAUCGUUGGCCUCGUCGCCGCCGGCGGCAGGACGCUCGAGGCCGACCUCGAUCGCCUCGGCCCCGCCCUCUCCCACCCCCUCGUGUCGGCCACCCUCCGCGCGCUCACCGACCGCGGCGUCCCCGCGGCCGGCUUCUUCGACUGGGUCGCACUCCGCAGGGGCUUCUCCCCGAGCGCCCACGCCCACAACCUGCUCGUCGACAAUGCCGGCAGGCUCGCCGAUUAUCAGGCCAUGUCCCGCGCCCUGGCGAGCAUGUCGGCGCGGCGGAUUCCCCUGAUUGAACGGGCGUUCGCCUUCUUGAACUCGUCCCGGGGCAACGCGAGGGAUACGGCGAUAGCGAUUCUAAGGACGCUGGAUGAAGUUGGGGGCCCUUGCCGCGCGUCCGGCGUGUUCUCGCUCGUCAAGGCGCUAGCUUCGAUAGGCGAGUUUGACGCGGCGAUGUUUGUGAUCCAGGAGACGGCCAAGGAGGUACGCUACUACAACGCCCUCAUGGCCGUCAAGUGCAAAGCUGGUGACUUCCAUGGCGCCCGCGAGGUGUUCGACGGAAUGAGGAGGUCGGGAUUUGACCCGAAUGCCAACUCCUGGAAUUAUCUGCUCGGGUGCCUGCUGAAGAAUGGUAGGUUUGCUGAAGGUUGUGAGCUUGUUGAGACCAUGGAGAGGUCUGGACCUGACGACAUCCCGAACUCACUUACCUAUGAGAUUCUUGCAUACCAUGCCUGCAAAGCGGGGAGAAUGGAUUCAGCCACGCAGAUUGUUGAUCAGAUGUUCUUGGAGAAACUGACGCCAAGGAUUACAAUUCACACAGCCUUCAUCAAGGGGUUCUUAUGCACUGGCAGGAUAGAAGAUGCUUGCAGGUAUGUGAGUGCUAUGAGUACCAGGGACAGGCACUCCGUAAACAGGAACUACAGCCUGCUUGCCAGGCUACUAUGUAAGACAGGGAGGAUUGUUGAUGCAGGAAGAAUACUGUAUGAAUUGAUGGAGAAGAAGGGUCUCUUGCCCGACCAUUCUGCCUACAUUAGAGUGAUCAAAGAUUUGUACAAGGUUGGCAAGGGAGAUCUGGCUACUGAAUUGAAGUUGAUUUUUCAUAAGCUCAGUGCACAUGCAGGAUCAGCACAAUGAAAUUGUUUCGAAAAGCCUUUAAGUUGAGCAAGAUAUCCUCUCUCUGUGAUGUGGUUGUCAAGAGGACUUGAUGUAAAUCAGAGUCACCUGGCUGUUACAGAGGACAGCAGACAUGAGCAUGAUCAGGAAGAAAUGGUGCAAUAUUGUCAUGUAGAGAGAGGACCAUGUGGUUUCUCCUACCGAAGAUAGAUAGAAUGUGGUACUUCUAUAUGCAUUCUUUGAUGGGCACAUCACAUGAAAUUUGCAAAUUAUUUGAUAGAUAAAUUGCUUCUUGUGCCAUUACCUUCAGUAAUCACUAAUCAGUAGUAAUAUCAGUUAUUACUGGUCUGUAUCUUCGGUUUCAGUAGUUUUUUUGUGCUGAAGAUGGGCAAUAUGCCAAUAUCUUGUAUCUGUAUCUGCAAAUUGUUUGAUAGACUGAAGUACUUGUCUGCAAUGCACAACUGAAUAUGAGUAUAAUUCGGUAACCUUUUUGAGAGGUAUAGAAUACAAUCACAUUACUGGA